AUGGAAACUAUACAGAACGUGUGGACGGUGGUGGAGAAGGUCAGGGUGGCCAACGGUGCCGCCGAACUGGCCAUCUUCACUGCAAUCGUAUACUGGUUCUUUACAUCAAGCCGCAUCGCCGACAUGCUGGAGGUGCUGGGCGAGCGCGUCGGCAGCUGGUGCGGCGGCCGCGACCACCCCUCGCUGCGCCAGAGCGUGCGCUCGCGCCGCAGGCACAACGACAUUUACGCGAAACUCGACGCUGAAUACACGGCGAGAUCGACGACAUUGUAUCGUAUCAAAGAAGGUCCCGUGGUGCCUCCCCCUCAGCCGAUAUCGAGACCACCAGCCGGCCUCGCCUGUGCCAAAUGUGCGCCAUUAUCCAGGGAAUCGUGGCAGGAUCCGAAAGGUGCAGAAACCGGUGCAGUGAUCAACGUGAUGAACAUAGGCAAACAGACGUUCUCCAACCGCGGGGUGGUCUCCCGAUACCUGUGCGACCUGACGCAGUGCGCCAACCUGAUCAAUUACGAUUACGAGGACGUGGUGCCUAAAGUUGUAAACGAUGUCACCUUUCAAAGUGCCAUAGAAGAGGUAGCCAAGAAGGAGAUGAAUAAUAUAUUACAUAUUAAUGGUAGCGGAGGCGGUGAAGGCGGUUACGCCUCUCUUUAUAAAACAACGAGGCAGAAAGUUGAGGCGCGUGCUCUCAAGGUGCUCAACAAUAUCAGCUCUGCGAUGUCGAACGGUGUUCUGAAACUGGUGGCGUGGGUUUGUCACAAAGCUAUACGUCGGCUCGCAAAAGGUGGAUGUGGCACCCGUAUCGCGUGUGUGGAGCGAUUGCGGCGAGCUAAAGCGGCCGGACUACCGCUUAUAUUCGUGCCACUGCAUAGGUCACACUUGGAUUAUAUACUAGUUACAUUCGCACUGUACCUGACUGGACUUAGACCGCCUCUAGUCGCUGCUGGAGAGAACAUGAGCAUUCCUUUCUUUGGGUGGUUCCUCCGAGGUUGUGGUGCUUUCUACAUAAGGCGGCGUGUUGACGGCUCCGAUAAACACGGCGACCCCAUAUACAAGGCUGCACUCAGGUCUUACAUUUUGCAUAGUUUGACUGCAAAAAAUAAUCUGGAAUUCUUCAUUGAAGGUGGACGCACGAGAACUGGAAAACCACAACCGCCUAAAGCCGGUAUCCUGUCGGUGAUAAUGGACGCGUAUUUAGACGGUACAAUAGACGACGCGUUGCUAGUGCCUGUUGCGCUCAACUACGACAAACUAGUGGACGGAAACUUUGUGAGGGAACAACUCGGCAUGCCCAAACAAAUGGAGACCUUCUGGUCAGCGCUCAGGGGCAUCUGGUGGACCCUGAACACUGACCACGGCACCAUCAGGGUAGACUUCAAUCAGCCCAUCUCACUCAAGGAACUAGUGACGUCAUUCAAGAAAUACAACUACUUGAAAGCGCCGAUAGAGAGACCAUUGGCAUCAAACAACAACAGUCUGGGCGUGAAUCUGGACCAACGUAUACUGUACAACAAUAGUCACUCGAGUUUGUUCGGCGCUGACGUUACCAUAGAGCACAAGAUCAUGGUCGAAGCUAUAGGCAGACAUCUUGUUUAUGACGCCGCCCAAGCGUCGGCGCUGAUGUGCACGAACGUGGUGGCGUACGUGUUGCUGACGGAGCGGCGCGGCGGCUGCACGCUGCGGCAGCUGCAGGACGCCGUCAGCGCGCGCUCCGCCCACCUCGCGCGCGCCGGCCGCGACCUCGGCUACACGGGGGACGCGCCCGCCGUGUGCAGGCACGCGUUGGAAAUGCUCGGACGCGGCUUAGUUCGCAAAGAGGGUAGCGGUGACAAGACAAUAAUCAAACCGCAGUUGUCUAUACCGGCAUCUAUAGAACUGUCAUACUACGCCAAUACAGUGGGGGUGCAUUACGCGGCCAACGCAAUCAUGGCAACUGCUUUAGAAAGCAUUCUACAGUCGCCGGGCGCUGAUCAAGACAUAGUCCGACAUUCGGAUUUGCUCGAAGCGGGUCUUCAGUUAAGCGAGGUGCUCAGCCAGGAGUUGAUCAUCUGUCCGCCGUGCACUACUGUCAGUGAACGAUUACUCGACGCUAUCGAUUCGCUUGUCGCUGACGACGUGCUAGCGAGAGUUGAGACAAACCCUGGCUUGGAAGAGGAGCGGUGGUCACGUCGCUUCGCUCAACGGCUGGAGGAAGAGAACGACGAAGAGAGACCAGACCCAACGAGACUUAUCAAGUACAAAGUCAACUCGCAUGCCGCCGCUAUUGCGGAAAGACGUCGGCUGCUGUUGACGAUACGCCCCCUUCUGGAGGCGUACGGGGGCGCGGCGCGGAGUGUACGUGCAGCGGCGCACUCGCCCCUCGUGAGGGACACGCUCGACGCCUAUACGGCGAUAAGGAAUUGUCACCGAUUGCUACGUCAAUGGGGCGUAAUAGAAAUGUACGACGAAGACAACAGACGGCGAGUACGUCUCUGUCCACCUUACGACAACGAGAAAUCGCUGCAAGAGAUCACAUCCAACAUACACAAGUUCAACAUGAAGACUGAUCUGCUGGAUUUCAAGUGA